UGCUGUAGAGAGAGGUUGUGUCGCGUGUCCCCGCGUUCGCGUGAUAACUUUCGUAAAAAACUAUAAAAUACUUUUUGUUGUUUUUGCGAAAGUGUAACAGUGACCGGUGGUAUUGUGUUGUGGGAUUACAGUUGAUCCGUGAUAAGAUUCUGUGCGUUUUGUGAAUGUUGCAAAACAUCUUAGUGCGGUGAAAUAUUUGUCUAGCGGUUUUAAUUAAACGGUAGGAUUUUUUAUCUUUACGUGGCUGAUUAGAUUUGGAUAAAGGCGAUAAUCAAGGUAGCCCGUAUCAGUGAAGUGAUAAAACAGUGUAAGUGAUAGUGUGGUGCCAAAUGAUAUACCACUAGUUUCGUAAUGGAUCCACAGCGGCGCUGGUAUCGCGGCUCGUGACGUUUAAAAUUCAAGAUGGCGGACACUCCCGCCACUUCGAUCAUCGAAGGAACUGUCAAGUUCCGCGACGGAAAAAAGUGGAAGUCGCGAUGGUGUGUCAUGCGAAAGUUGUCACCAGUUGCAGAUUGCGUCCACCUGCAGCUAUACAAAGACUUGAAAGAGCGGCAAAAGAACGGGCAAACCAAAGCCUCGCUUUCCCUACAACAAUACCUGGGCUUUGAGUCCGGUUUCACGUUGGACAAGGAGUCGAACACGCUCGCCAUUUUGUGUGAAGACGUGGUGCCUGUGCUCGCGUUCGAUACGAGGGAGAUCUUGAUACAGUGGAGGGUUAAGGUGCAACACAACCUCGGCAGCAGCAAGGAGUUCGCAGCUGUGCUGAUAUCUGCCCCAAGCGCCUCGGGGGCGAAGCCCGGGCCGGUGCGCUUGCACGCGUGCGGCCCGCGCCUCGCGCUGUGCGCGUGUAGGCCCCCGGAGGUGCUGGCGCUGUGGGACGUCAAGUUGUUGAGACGUUUCGGCGUAGUCGACAAACGUUUCUGCGUGGAAGGUGGCUCGCGCUGCGGCAAGGGCGAAGGCCUAUUCGUGUUCGCGGCGGAGGCCGGAAGGGAGCUGUCAGACCUGCUCAACGCAUACAGCCACGAGGCGCAGUCCCGGCUUAGUGUUGCGUCUAGAAGUGGUUCAGUUCUAGAAAAGCGUUUCUCAGACACCAGCUCGGUUCUGGACGACUGUUUCCACCAGUCGAUGCGAUCCGUCUCCCCCGCGUGGGCGCCCGCGAGCCAGACCAUGCACUGUCUGUCAGACCUCGACUCCAGUCUGGACAGCGAAGACAAGUUCAGACGGCCAACGUCGCUGCCGAGGUGCUCUAGUUGUAUUGGGAAGAUUAGUCAUUUGACGAGGUCAUCAACAAUGAACACGCCCGGCUCGCUAAUGUCCCCAGUAUGGACGAUGGAGAACAUUCUAGAGAAACGGUCCGAUUCAGAUCGGGCGUCAAUCUAUUCCCGUUCAAGUGGCAGUGCCUCAGAGUACUCAGUACCAAGAGGAGCCUGUCUUUUGGACAAAAGUUUUGACUCAAAAAGAGCGAGCCCAGUGGCUUGCUGCACUCCAACCAUACCAGUGAAGACGGGAAACACUUGCCAAUGCUGGCAGCAGCCGAAGCCGUGCUGCUGCAGGAAGAAGUCGUUCAAUGGACCGUACGAGAACUAUGAUGUGCCAAAGACCCCGAUGCCUUUAAUACAGGAACAUCCAGCGGACGUGCACGUAGACGCAUCAAGUCUAUACGAUACACCAAAGAAACUAAAAUGUCUGAUCGGUCAACCGUGCGGUUGCAACCACAACGAAACCAAAAACGAUGACAACCAAAACAAUAUCGAAAGCACAUGUGAUAAUAGCGUUAAUGAAAAUUCCAAUUACAUGAACGUAGUUCCCGCGCCCAAGAAACCGCAGAUUGACCUUUCCAAUUACGCAAACAUUGACAGAGCUACAUUAGAAGAAUUUGAAAGUUCCCUGCGAAUUCUGAGAAGCGCUGGUUUCAGUCAGGAAGAAUUAGAUGCACUGGAAGACAUUCCCGAACACGAUGAUGACAUAUCAACAGCAACAAACAACACAGUCAACCAAAAUGACUGUUGUAACGAUCACCUUAACUACAUGCAUUUGGAACCAGAGAACAGCUGUUCAAGCAACAGUAAGAACUGUUCAGACAAUGUCAGCAGGAUCAGCCACGUGUCAGACCCGACACAUUCAGAAACAGACACCACAAUAAGUACCAGACGAUCUAGUUCAGCAGACUUCACAAAAAGACAAGACGACGACUUCCUAAACCCAAGAAUAUGUUUCACGCCAACAGUGAUCAGACGAACCUGUAAAACCGACUGCAUCAACGAAGGCAUACCAACAAAAAAUCCAGAAAACAAAGAUUUCAAAGUGCCGGAACCAAAAAGUGAGAACAUUCUAGUGGCCCGAUUCCGGGAUGCGGUCAAAAUACGUCGCUCGUCGAGUGUUCCGAGUAAAUCGGAUAAAAAUAGAGAUUCGUCGAGUUCAAACGACUCAGGGGUGUCGACGGGGUCUUUGAAACACCACAAGGGUGAUUUCAAUGAGUUAGAGACGGUCGUAACUAAUUCUAAAGCGGGUAAGAAGCACUCAAAGAAGCCGUUUAGAAUAUCUUUAACUCCGGUGCACACGCCGUUUGUCUCGAGUUCGGACCCUUUGAAGAACUUGACGUUCCAGUUUGAGGAAGUGGCUACGUUAGCGAAGGCUAACUCGUGUGAUGUGGACACAUUGACAAGGAGGAAAAAGAGGAAUGGUAAUGGCGACACAGACAGCACAGCGCGGCACAGCAACAUAACGACCAACACGUCGAGCGGCGCGUCUGACACGUCCGACUACAUGGAGUCACUCUCUGUGUCCUCGUACUCGUCGUGUGACGCGCCAGACCGACAUGUGACCAGACCACGGUCUGGGAAAGAGUACGCCAGCAUCGAUAGAGCCCAUUUGAUGUGCGACAUGACGAAUUAGAGAGAAAAA